CGAUCCUGGAUCUAGAAUCCGACGAAGUGAAAAAGGAUCUCCACCUUAAGUAACAUUAUUUGUGAAAACCGCAGGGAUCCAUCUUCAGAACAAACGAGAUCGUGUUGAGAAGAACUAUUGACUCCGCGGAAAUGUUGAUGUUGAGAAAUGCGUAGCGCUAGUACCACGGGAUGGACGAUCAAACCAUUUUUUACAAUCGCGCAAUCCCAAUGAAUUUUUCAGCUCACAACAGGAGGAAGGUCGAACGACGAAAAGAUAUUGGCAAAUUGUCACAUGAUCAUUAUUUCUGUGCCUGUGUGCCCGUAUUGCUAGAUAGAGCACUACGCACACCUGCAAGAGAACAAGACCACACGACGGCUUCCGAAGUAGAAAUCGAAAUUGUUUAGUUCCAUGGCCCUCGCGUUUUCUUUCGCAUUCACCCUUCUUUUUCACACGCAAAGCAACAUCAUGUCGGACGUGAACCACGAAAUUAUCGUAGUCUGCGGCACGCCCGGCGUCGGCAAAACCACCUUCGCCCGGGACUUGGCCAAUCGGCUCGAGCCCAACAGCAAGCACUACGAACUGUCCCGGUUGGUGGAGCAGAACAAGGCUUUACUCGCGACCGACGAGGACCAGUUUGACGAAGAGCGAAAUUGCUCGGUCUUUGACGAGGAAAAACUCGCCGAUUACCUCGAAGACCUGCUCAUCAACAACGAAACAGUGCAAGUGGUCAACAGCAAUAGCACAGGGACGACAACGACGGUGGUAUCAAGGCAAAACCCGAACACCUUUUACCACGUGCUGGAUUUCCAUUGCGUGUCCUUCUUUGACUAUGCGGACGAACUGUUCGACAGCGUGAAGCUCGUCGUGCACUUGUCCGCGAGCACGGAGGAACUGGGAAAGAGGUUGGAGAAGCGAAAUUACUCGGAGCAGAAGAUCCGGGAGAACAUCGAGGCGGAGAUUUUUCAGGUGGUUGGGGAAGAGGUCGACGAGAUGUUUAACGGCGAUGAAGAGCGGAAGGAGGUGGUGCAACUGGAGAACAACAGCCUGGAAGACAUGGACCGGAACAUGGCUAUGGUGUUCGAGAAACUCGGGCUUGUUUCUACUUGUGCUGCACCAGCAAGUGGCGAAGUGGCCGGCGCGGCGGCCACAAGAACGUGUGGUGGGGCAUGAAUUUCGUAUCUGAGGUUUCUUUGAGGACCUGCUCCCGCCACCUGCUCGGAUGAAUCCUUCACAUGAUGUUAGUAGAAAGGAUACUGGCGGAAACGAUUGACGAUAGAUAGUUCUACUUUGGUUGCAACGAAACUGAAUCCUCGCAUGAGGUGGAUUACUACCACCAGUACGCAGCACAAGAGCCAGCACCAAGAAAACGCGCUUCAGAACAAUGUCGUCUCUUCAGGUUUCUGCAUCAUUAAAACUUUCGAAAAUAAGACGAGGCGGCGGUCCUGACGCGUCGGCGUUGAGCAGGCUUGUUGGUUGGGUUUUCAAUCCAAAUUCCUAUCAAUCGUGUUCCUCGACGUCCGUUAGAAGUGGCCUGUGUCGUUGUAAGAAAGAUCAUCACUUGUAGCUGCUGCUGCUUGGCCGGCCUGCAUAGUUGUACUAGCCAUGAUACAGUGACACUAUAAUUGAAAACGCGCUGUGAUAUAAAUGGUUUUCUUUCCCUCCUAUUCCGAUAGUUCUAGCCGGAUUCUUACAAGAAACGAAAGAUCAGCUGAAAUACCAUGCUAUGCACAUGAAGAUCGGGACAACUUCAAGUCUGAAAUAGUAACUCCCGUGGCUUACGAACGAACAGAAUCAGUACACGAAGAAGGCGUCUUUUACUGAAGAAGAUGUUGGAGAGGAUGUAUACUAAAAGCACAGUCA